AUGACUCUCGAAGGUGAUAAAUCUCUCACAAACAACUACAAACUCGUUUCCAAGCAGAAAUUGAAUCAUUACAAGCGGACAGAGAAACUGUACGAAGCGAUCCGGAAGGCAAGCAAGAGGAAAAUCUGCGUCUUGGAUGAGCAAAUGAAGUUUUUUCUCAGAGCAGUUGUUGGUCUGUGUGUUCAGGUCCCCGGUGUUGCUUUUGAGCAAAUCUUUUUUUUGGCUGCGAUCAUUUUUGCAACCAUCCUCAAGCUUGUUGACUUCGAAGAUCAGGAAGCAUCUACUAUGAGCCACCUUCAGAUCUUCAAAAUGAUGCCAUCUCGAACCACAGGCAACAGGUAUGCGCAAAGAGCACCAGCACACAAUGUCAUCCGUCAAGGCGCCCAAAUGAUGCAAGCCAAAGCGCUUUUCCCUGGAGCAGACAAAGGCAGGGGUAGUUUGAUAAAGAAAAUCUGCUAUAGAGCCAGUGAUCAAGGGUGA